AUGGCAGAUCUCGUUGAAUCAGUCUUGGCCGCCGACGCCAACGCUCAACCCGCCGAGAAGCCGGGCCCAGCGAUUCCCGACGGCGGCAACAAGUUUCAGCACGCAAUAUCGGCUUGGAGAACUAUCGACUACACAAAUCUCGUGUCGAACCUCGACAACACUGCCUCCGAGAUUGUCGCAUACCAGAGAGACUCUACCGUCCAGCGGAAGGAAUUGGCACAGAAGACUAAAGACUUCAGGAAGCUUGAUGAUGCCACGAAACUGUCCGAGGUUAAGGGCUUGUUGAAAGCCUACCAAACUUUCAUUGACCUCCUCACGAACCAUUCCAAGUCUAUCAACUCUGCCUUCCUCCAGGCAUAUACGGCCUUGUCCGAUGCACCCGACCCAUAUCCCCUCCUCGAGGCAUCCGUUGACUCGAUGCUUGUGUCCGAAGACACCCUGCCAAAGUUGACGGAAGAAAAUCAACAUCUGCAGCAGUCCGUUGCCAAGCUGACGACGCAGCUGGAAGAGACCGAGUCGAAACUGCAGACCGAGUCUGCGGUAAAGAAGGAACUUGAAAGUAACCUGGAGAGCAGAGUCAAGGAAGUUGAGGCUUCCUGGAUUGCUGUCUUGGAUGAGAAGAAGGACAACUGGGCUUCAAAGGAAAAAACGCUUGAAGAAAAAGUGGAAAACCAGGAACGCCUUCUUAACGAGAUCAAAGCGAGCUACGAAGUAAACCAACGACUGGGAAAGACUGAUGAUAGCGAUCAUGAAGGACAUGCCGGCCACGUCACAAGUGCUGAGAUUGAAAUGCUUCACUCCGACUUGGACCGCACAAGUGCGAGACUGGCAGAGGUCGAAGCACGCAACGAGCAGCUGCGACUGGAAUUAGCACAGUCGAAGUCUUCUUUGCCCGCUCAAGCGCCUAUCUCUUUGGAGGAUGAUCCUGGGUACAUGCGAAUGCGGUCCGAGAACUCGUCCCUUAUUCGCAAGCUUGACGCUGCUCGCGUUGAGAAGGAAGGACUAAAGCGUGACCUCGACAGUAGACUGCGUGGUUUAGAGAGAGAAGUCGGCCUGCUUAAGGAAGAAAGAGACAAUCUCAAAGCUAAGGUCCAAAAAUGGAGUGAUUACGACGACGUGAAGCAGGAGCUCGAAGUUCUCAAGAGUAUUGAGUUCUCCACAGGCGACGAUGACGACGUGCGGGAGGCUGCUGACAACGAUGCCGAGGCCAAGAGUCAAGGCGAUACGCUUGAGAAGCUGCUUCUAGCCCGUAACAAGAAGCUCAGUGACGAGCUAACCAUUCUGCGAGUCUCCCACCAGGAUCUUCAGACUAAGCUGUCCGAUUUGCAGGAGGAGAUGUCAAGGACAAACAUGGAGCUCGAAAAGUCGCAGCAGUUGAACGAGCGACUGGAGAAUGACUUGGCUACGCUGCAGUCGGAGUCUUCCAACGCCUUUCCGUCAGGUGCUUCUGUGGCGGGCACUUUCAAUCGUUAUGCUCCAUCAGUUGCACCCGGUCGACGAGGAGGAAGGGUGUCACCGACAUCGUCUAUUAUUAGCGGCAUAGAUCCCCGUACAACUGGUGGAGAACCAAUGGGUGGUGGUUCGGGCAUCUUGCCAAUGAUCACUGCCCAGCGGGACCGGUUUAAGAAAAGAAUUGCCCAGCUAGAGGGCGAGCUUUCUGACAGCCACCGCACUGUUUCACAGCUACGACAGGAGGUAUCUGCUCUUCAAAAGGACAACCUGAAUCUGUAUGAGAAGACAAGGUAUGUCUCGACAUACAAUCGAGCUGGACCGUCAGCGUCGUCAUCCUCGGCGGCAUACUCAUCAAAUCCAAACCCUUCAACCGUGUCGAUUGGAGGUACCGGAAACCCGGGCAUCACUAUGGACAGGUACCGCAAGGCGUACGAGUCAAACAUUUCGCCGUUUGCCGCUUUCCGAGGGCGCGAAUCGGCUAGGGCAUACAAGAGGAUGAGCUUCCCAGAGCGAGUGGUGUACUCGGUGACGCGGAUGGUGCUAGCUUCCCGAACGAGCAGAAAUUUGUUUGCAGCAUACUGUGUCGCGCUGCAUCUCCUAGUUUUCUUUUCUCUAUACUGGCUGGGAACGGUAGACGUGGAGAAGCACGCCAGCAAUCUUGGAAAGUCGGCAGCUGCUGCUGCCGCAGCGGGCGCCGGGCGCGUUAACGGAGCCGGCGAUGGUCACGGCGACUGGCAUGAAGAAGGGUUCAACGGGCACUAG